AUGGCCGAGCUGGUUACGUGGUGUACAAGCCGAUUGGCCAUCUACAAAUGGUUUCAAAUCGUAGGUUUUGAGAAUUUUCGUAUUCUUUUGGUAAUUACAGUAAUCAGCGUAGUUGUUAAUAUAUUUGUGAUUACUUCAGAAUGAUGUCAUUUAUUUUGUAAGCAAAUUUUGGUGUUGUUACAAUCAAUUUUGAUAUCAAACCAUGUUUUAAACAGAUUUUUUUUACAUAUUACACCUUUUAUUAUUGUUGGUUUUUUGAUUAGGCAUAUUUACGUUUCACUUUAUGAAGUACUGUUAUAUCUACUGUAAUAUUAUAUUAUAGGUAUUGUCGAUGAUCGCAGUGUUGUUCUUGAUCGACGGAAGGUUUCAAUGGAAGGCCUAUACAUUUAUCUUUGUCGCUUGUAUUGUUCUGGCUUGUAUUACCUUCUUGACUUUGGUUUUGUACUUCUUCAGGGUACCUUCAGACAACAAACAGUUACCGUGGGUUCAGAUUGUAAGUUAAGAUCCAUAACUUCACUUUUAUCGUACUUAUUAUCUUUUUACCUAAAUGAGCAUUAAGCUUAUAUUAAUUUUUUUCAAUGGUUAUAUUGUAAUUGAGAAAUAUUGAAGUAUUAUACGUGUUAUCUACUACAACUCUUGAUUUUUGUAUUGAUUCGAGCGGCUUUUAGGAAAUUGCCUUCAACACGGUAGCAGUAAUCGUAUGUCUGAUUACCAGUGGUGUUCUUAUAUACGAUUUGGUCAAUAUGGCACAGGGCCAUCAUGGUCAUCACCGCUACACAGCCCCAGCUAACAUCGGAAACGACGGAUGGUUUUACCGAGUUAUCGUUGUCUUGGUAAGUUACUAUGCUUGAAAGCAGGGAUGAGUCAAUUCUGUGACAAUUCUUGAUUUUGUUCUAAAAUUACUUAUCAAACUAUAAAAAGAUGUUUGGCCAAAGGUCAGACUUCUAAAAACCACCAGAAUCUUGAUAUAAGUUUAUUAUUGCAGUGUACACAAAUAGUCAAUACCGUGGCGUACCUGGCUUCUUUGGCUCGAGCUAAGCGAUAUGGUCUCAAGUAA